AUGCGGAAAAACUCUGGUGCAUCUGCAAAUACACCAGCGACCUGGUGGGAUCCAGUGACCUCAAUGCAGUGGUUAGAGAGUGCAAGAGACAUGGCAGCAGCUGCAGCCGUUACCCCUGCUUACCAUCAUCACCAUCACGCGACAGAUUAUUCAACAGCCUUGAGUAUGGCGACAGGACACCAUCAUCAUGGGUUGUCGUUACAGGAUACUUAUAAAACUAUGCAAGGUUCGUUUGGUUUGCACCACGCGACGGCAAGUGUACCUCCGGCUACUUCACAAGCCCUGCAGACACACCAGACACCGAGUCCGAGAUCUCAAAGAAGAUACACAGGUCGAGCAACCUGUGAUUGUCCCAACUGCCAGGAAGCAGAGCGUUUAGGGCCAGCAGCAGGUGCCCAUUUACGAAAAAGAGGCGUCCACUCCUGCCACAUACCAGGCUGUGGUAAAGUCUACGGCAAGACAUCACAUCUUAAGGCACACCUAAGGUGGCACACAGGCGAACGUCCAUUUGUCUGCAACUGGCUGUUCUGCGGAAAACGAUUCACCAGAUCCGAUGAACUCCAAAGACAUCUCCGUACCCACACUGGCGAAAAAAGGUUUGCCUGUCCAGUUUGCAACAAACGAUUCAUGAGAAGUGAUCAUUUAGCCAAACACGUGAAAACACAUACGUCUGGUGGUUCUGGCGGUUCUGGUAAUGGUUCUGGAGGUUCGGGAAAGAAGGGUUCAUCCGAAUCUUGUUCGGAUUCUGGUGAAGAAACGAGUCAACAAGGUGCAAAUCAAGGUAGCCCUCAAGGACAUAUACAAUUGUUGGAUAUUAAACCGAAUACAGGAGGUUUGAUUUGA